GUUCUUGUUGGGUGCACGAACUCUUAAACAUCAAAGGCAACUAUCAAGUCUUCCAUUGUCACUGCUCCCAUAUUUGUCUUCCAUAUCUGAACAACCAUCCAAACAAGAACGAGGAGAGGAGCAAGUAAAUUCAGAGGAAACCCACAAUUUGUUUUUGCAUGAAAAAGGAUAAACAGUGUUAAUGGAUCUCAACGACUACACUAUCAUCAAGGAAGGAGAGGCUGAGAUUCUCAUGCACGCAAAAAAUGAAGUGUUCUACAACAAGACCCAGGUCAACAACAGAGACAUAUCCAUCGCUGUACUGAGGACAUUUAUAUCCAAACGCAAGCAGGAACAUGAAGCUUUUUUGUCUAAAAGGAUUAAAUCAGCACCAAAGGUGUCUGAGAAGGAUGACUUUGGAUCCGUCAGAGAAGAAAAAAGUGACAAGCCUGAUGCAGUUCAUGAAAAACCGAAUGGGGAAUGUGAAGGGGAUAAAGAGAUGUCCCAAGAUGAACAAUGUAGUAUAUCAGAAGAACCAAUCAAGUUUGAUGGAAAAGUUAGAGGGGAGCUGAAGCCACCAAGAGUUUUAGAGGCCUUGUCAGCUUCUGGGUUAAGAGCUCUAAGAUAUGCUCGUGAAGUGGAUGGGAUUGGCCAAGUUGUGGCCUUGGACAAUGAUAAAGGGGCAAUUGAAGCUUGCCAGAGAAACAUAAAGUUCAAUGGUUCUGUAGCGUGUGCAAAAGUGGAGUCGCAUCUUGCUGAUGCUCGUGUGUAUAUGCUCACACACCCAAAAGAAUUUGAUGUGGUUGAUCUUGAUCCUUAUGGUUCACCCUCUGUGUUCCUGGACUCUGCAGUUCAAUCUGUUGUUGACGGAGGCAUUCUAAUGUGCACAGCAACUGAUUUGGCAGUGCUAUGUGGCGGAAAUGGAGAGGUUUGCUAUUCCAAAUAUGGAUCUUACCCACUGCGAGGGAAAUACUGCCAUGAAAUGGCUUUGAGGAUUCUUUUGGCCUGCAUUGAGAGUCAUGCAAAUCGCUACAAGCGGUAUAUUGUUCCUGUGCUAUCUGUCCAGAUGGACUUUUAUGUUCGCGUUUUUGUUCGUAUUUACACUUCUCCAAGUGCUAUGAAGAACACUCCUCUCAAGCUCUCAUAUGUCUAUCAGUGCAUUGGCUGUGAUUCUUUUCAUCUUCAGCCUCUUGGGAGGACUAUCUCCAAGAAUAAUAAUAGUGUGAGAUAUCUUCCUGGCUUUGCUCCUGUUGUUCCCCAAGAGUGCAGUGAUUGUGGGAAGAAGUUCAACAUGGGUGGACCCAUAUGGUCUGCUCCCAUCCAUGAUCCUGAGUGGGUAACUUCAAUACUAGCAGAUGUGAAGUCUAUGAAGGACCAUUAUCCUGCCUAUGAUCGCAUAUCUGCUGUAUUAACAACAAUUUCAGAGGAAUUGCCUGAUAUUCCUCUCUUUUUAAGUUUGCACAACCUCUGUGCUACACUAAAGUGCACUUCUCCAUCUGCCGUUAUUUUCCGCUCAGCUGUGAUCAAUGCAGGAUAUCGCAUUUCUGGAACUCAUGUUAAUCCCCUGGGGCUAAAGUCAGAUGCUCCCAUGGAUGUAAUUUGGGAUAUAAUGCGUUGUUGGGUCAAAAAUCAUCCAGUAAAAGCUCAACCAGCUGAUCAGCCAGGAAGCGUGAUACUUUCCAGAGAACCAGUUCUUCAAGCAAAUUUUGCCAGAGCUGUUGCAUCUCUUAGCAAGGCACAAGCGAAGAAGGUUGCACGCUUCCUUCCAAAUCCUGAGAGGCAUUGGGGUCCAAAGCUUAGGGCAGGUCGUCAAAUUACUACCAAACACGUCUCUCUUCUUGGUGCAGAUGUAGUAAAUGGACAUAUUAACCAUCAAGAUAAUGACGAACAUGAUGCCAAGCGUCAAAAGAUCAAGGAUCCUUCAACUUCCUAAAUGUUAUGUACUCAAGUUGAGAUCCCACAGGACACUGUUUACCUUUCUAUCUUCUAAAAUUUCUACCUCUCACGUCUGGGAUUGCAAGGGUAGCACAACCACAAUCCGUUUAGCAAAUUGCAAGUUUUGAGUUUUUUUAAGUUAUUCUAGUCAGUUCGUGUUCUUUUUGGAAAACCUGAUGUAAGAUGAUACUUCUUGUAUCAUUGCAAGGGAAAUUUUUUUGGUAGCAUUUCAAGAAGCAUCACAAUUUUUUUUUUUCCUUUAUUUUUCUGCUUGUGCACGGGUGAAGUUAUUGUCAC